AUGGGAUUGUACGAGGAUGACAGGCGGUGUAAAAUUUUGUCAAAUAGUAUGAGGAGUUCUAAACAAGACUUUGGUAUAUAUACUAUCGCAUUUUUGAUGUGCGCCGGGACAAUGGAUGAGAGGAGUUAUCAUGGUGCACGGUGUUUCGCAGAUACAUCUGUGAUAGGAAAAAAUCUGGAAUAAGUUAAUAAUAGGCUUGAAGUAUGGACAGUAGCACUUGAAGGAAUGAGACUAGGGACAAGUAAAAGUAAACCCGAGUAUGAGUUUGGAAGAAUAUCAUAAAACAGCUAACGAUAAUAAGCAGUUAUAAGCGAGGUUGAGAGUUUUAAUAACUUAAGAACUUUUAUACAAAAGAACGAUGGCUUUUAUGAGUAUGUGAAACAUUGGAUUACUUGUGGUCGGAUAUGUCGUGACGAUUGAAUUUUUUUGAACAGAACACAGUUUAGCGCUGAGUUCGGUUUUUCCCCGAAUGAAUGUGAAUAUUUUAAACUUUUUUUGGUUUUUAACCGAACAAACAAAUAAACGCAGAGGAGGCUUGGACAUGAUAAAUCGGAUUGACGAAAUUUCACGAUCUGUAAGUUCACGUAAAAUUUUAAACUCGAAUGAUUCGAUAAUCGAUAAUUCUGUAUCCUAAAAUUAUAAAAAGCAAAUAAAAAUUAUAACCAAUAAAAUAACAUUGUUCCCAACCUUAUAGAUUAUAAUAUUACCUGAGAUCUUAUUUGUAUAUUUAUUGUGACUUAUGAGUAUUGUUUUUUUUUUCUAUGAAAAACGAAAUUAGUGUAGUAUUAAGUUAAAACUAAAUUUUCACGGGAUGGAUAUUGUGUUUUACUAUUUGAAACGCGUCUCGAGUCGCCUCUCGUAAUAAUAUUUCAAAAAAAAACAAAACAAAAAAACAAAAGAAUAAAGCGUUUUUCCCAUUUUGUUUGUCCGCAGGUGACCAGUACGUACUGGAAACGAUGUACGAACACAAAUUCGAGCGGAGCGCCUACCAGAUGAUCGUGGGCCCGUUCGGCGGCGGUUCGGGCAGCAGAGAUUUCGUGUGCGUCACUUCGCUGGACGGCACCGUCGUGGUGUACGAGCAACAGACGUUAGGGUUCCACGCGGCGUGGCCCAACUACCUGCACCCGUUCCCCGUGAAAUACGUCCUGUCCUCGGACGCGUUCGUCACGGUUAACGCCGACCUGUGCAUAGUCUGUUACAAGUGAGAGGCGUGUUUUGUACGGUACCUAAACCCCCCGGAAAAAUUUGCCGUGUUCAGGCAUAGAUAAUAACUCUGUGUGCUUAUGUCACACAGAGACAUGCAGUAGUGUAGGACACAUAGGGACAGCGUACUAAAAUUAAGUUACAUAUGAUAUUAAAUUACACUUUUAAUGAAAACAAGUUUUAUGUAAAUACAAUUUAAAAUAUUUAUAAAUUUUACAAAGAAAAACAAAUUUCAAAAUUACUACUAAUAUAAAGUACUAAUUUCUAUUGCAUAGCAUAUUUUUAAUAUUUAUAGUGCACAUACAUAUAUCUAAAAGUUUUCUGCCGGACAUAUUAAUAUAUGCCCUAGUUGUAAAGCUACAACUGUCAUGUUGAAAAAAAAAAAAAAAAAUGCUGAAAACCAUAGGUAUAUCACAGACAUUCGUUGAAUAUGCACAAAAGUAUAACCUUCUAUUUUUGAUGUCAGUUAAAAAAUUAAGUCAAUUAAAACCGAAUCAUUUUUAUUUUAUUCGUCGGAACGUGGCUAAAUAGAUUUUAAAACAAUAACGUUAUUACGAAUUCAAUAUUUUUAAAACGUUUUGAAUUCUGAAAACUUUUUCGUUUUUGUACUUUAUUAUACAAGGUGAUCCUUUUAUCGCUAACCGGCUAUUAUAAUAAUAUCCUUUGUGUAAACUUUUGAGUAUAAAUUUUAUUUUGGUUUUUUUGAACCCCAUUAUAAUAUAGAAUCGAUCUGGGUUCACGGUAUGCAUUCAAAAUUUAAUAACCACCCUUAUACCUUGUAUCGUCGUCGAUUUUAAACCCAGAUUCGAAAACAAAAUAUAGAUACUAUCCUAUAACCUAGCCAACUUUUUUCUGAAAUUGAAAUUUGGUACUUUUUAUUAUUUUAAAGAAUGUAAUAACCACUACACCAAUAUAUUCAUGUAAUUAUAAAAAAUUUGGAAAAUAAUAUACACAAAGUUUUAAUUUACAUCUGUACACAACGAUAAAUAAUUGCUGACAAUAAAAGAUUUUGAGCGAAGCUCAGUUACAAAUGUUCAAAACAUGUCGCGAUUUGUAUGAUUUUCGUCAACGUAUAAUAUAUGUAAACGAUUACUAAAAAAAAGUACUAUAAUACGAUCAAAUUAUUUCUUUUAUAUACAGUUUGUAAUGAACUUAUACUAAAUUGUCAAGCAUUUUUAUUCAGCCAAACAAUUUAAUCCACAUAAUAUACACUAGAUAAAAACUAAAAAAAACGGACAUACUUUGCACGUGGGUGGGCCACUGUUGUAGGUGAGAUUUUAGGAAGGUAGUAGACAGGAAAUUGAAUGUAUAUCUGUAUAAGCAACGAUAAACCAUCGUUAACGAAAAAACGAAGCGGAGUUCAGUUGAUAAAGUUGAUUUGUCAAUAAUAUAUAAGUCACAUUAUGGUAAAAUAAUUACAUACAUAUUAUAUAUUUUCUUUAAUUUUAAUUCUUUAAUUAUAUUUGUUUAAUAUUGUAUCUAUUUUCCUGAUUUUUCCCAUUCGUUGAGAAAAUUAAAAAAACGAUAUCCUUAGGGUACCUCAUCAGACAGAUUUUAUUAUAGAAAGAGUGCUAUCAUAGUGAAUCAGAGCAAUAUUUCUGUUAAAAAGUUGUUUACAGAUAAAAAAUAAAUAAAUAAACAUCAUUGAAAAAAACAAAAGCUUCGUAAAUAUUGAGUAUCUAUAAAUAGCUCAACAAUUUCCAGAAUAAUUUAAACAUUUUACCAAUUUCACGAUUAUUUUAAUCGAAUUACAAAAAAACAAAAUUGAUGAGAAUAAAACCGGCAAUGCCAAACAUUUUCCCGGUUUUUCAUAAAUUCUUAUCCAGUUAUUUCCACUUAUUAAAAUAGUUACCUACACAAAAAAUCAAAAAAUGAAUUUUUUUAUACAAUUAGUCUCUGCGUAUAUUUAUAACUGAAUUACAGCAAAUAAAUUCACAAAAAUUAAAAAUCUUUUAAAUCUCAAAAAUACCUCAAAAGUCGUGGCGAUGAUACCGUAAGAAAUUAAAUCAAAAAGACAACAAAAUAUGUGUCUAGUGAUAUUUCGUUUAAAUCAUUUUUUCUGGUAGAAAACGUUUUUCGUGUUUUUCUAAAAUAAUGAAAUCGUGAAAUUUUACGUUUUUUCCCACCUAAUUGCUUUUAUUUAAAAAAAAUGACGUUGAAAAUCAAAAAAAUGACUUUUUUAAAGUACACAAUUUAAACAACUUGAGCUAUCAAGAAAAGUUGCUGCACGUAAAAAUCGGAGCAAGUUUACUCAGGAAAAAUGUGUCCACAGACUAGAAGAAGAAAAAAAAUAAAUAAACAUCUUAGUAAAACCAAUAGCUCCCCCGCCACGCUCGGAAUCUAAAAAAAAAAAAAAAAACACACAUUAUAGUAAAACUAACACGUCAGUUUUCGCUACGCUCAAAGUCUAAAAUGGUUCGAAAUCGGGACACGGUUUUCAAAAAUUUUGAUAAUAUCCUCCCAAAAUGUCCGUCCAUUUUACGUCUGGUGCCCACAGGUACUGUAGUUUAUAGGUAUUGAAUUAUACAACAGUUAUCGGUCGGUACUGUAUGUUUAGUAUUUUGAUCCGGUGAUAAUAUUAUAAUAUUCCCGUUGCAAAUUUGGAUUUACGAAUUAUACGAGAAUUAAUAAUAAUAGAUUAUAAUUAUUAUAAUUAUACUAGGAAGUCACGGAUGGCAAUAUGCUGCAUGUGCGGUAUUAUUUAUGUAAAUGUAAAGGAUAUUAUGCAAUAUGUGUCUCUGAAGGGUGGAACGCAAUACACGUUUCAAAUAGACUUCUCCUCCCUCCCCCCGUCGUCGAUAACUGGCCGUCCUGAUAAGUUCGUUCGAGGUGGGGGGGGGUGGGGGAGAUACAAAAUUAAAUUCCGGAAAAAUCCAAAAAAAAUCACGGUACAUAUUAUUAAUUUUCAUUCGGACGAAUUUUCGCGAACGAAAAAUCUCGUUUCCUAUCUCGUUUCCUAAAAAUCUAAUCCUAUUAAUCCACUGUUUAGAUAAAUACUCGACGUUUCGUUCGAGGUAUAGACGUCGAGAUUUCAAAUCGAAUAAAAAAGAGUUCGCGUAUAUUAAACUCGGUUCCGAGAUUUGUUUUAUAAUAAUAUUCUGUGCGAAACGAGGAACGUGUUUGUCUUACUAUAAUGUGAUGUCAUUGUUUUUUUUUUUUUUUUUUCUGUAAACGAGUUUUUGACAUGUAAAAUGUUUAUGCACUCUUAUUGCUCUGGCAAUCAAUUUAAGGGGUGUAUUCAGGCAAUAUAUUUUCUCGAGUCGAUGUAAUGGAAAGGUCAUUUUUUGAUUAUCCUUGUAAUUUUAAACUAACUUUUCUGUACGUUUUAAGGGUUAAUUAACAUUGGCGAAUUUUAAUUAGCUAUAUUAUAGAGACGUAUGCACAUUCAAACGCACUCCAAUAAAUAAUAAAAUAUUAAACGAUUGUUGUGACGUAUAAUGUACGUGCAGUGUACUUGUAUUAUGUCUAAUACAUUUGAAAUAAGUGUAUAUUUUUUAAUGAAAAAAAAUAGUUAAUAUACCGCUCCCGCGUAAGCCACUGUUAUGAGUGGGUAGGUAGUUGGAAAAGUAACGUAUUUUUUUUUAUCGCAUAAUACAUUGGUAUUUACACGUUAAUUGAGAUAAUAUGUGUAGGAGGUGAACUCGUCCGAGGUAUUAUUCCACGCGGUAAAAAUACAGUACAGUCGACUCUCGAUAAUUGAAACCUUCGGUCCCGAAAAAAUCUCACAGUGGUUCGAACGGAAACAGUACACUCGGCAAUUGAUAGGAAAAUUUUGUGGAAAACCAGCCGCCAACGCGCGACAAUAGUAAUUAGAAGUUUCGUCCGUUCAACGCUCGGCAAUUCGAAGUGUAUUCACCAAAUGUACGUAUUUCUUUAUAUCCCAUCGUUAAUAAUUUACCAUAAAAAUUGUGUGUACAUUUAUUGCUCAUUAUUUCCGAAUUAUUAUCAUAGGUACGAAUACAUAAUAUUAUACAUUGUAUAUGUGUGCUAUACAUUAUAUGUAUAGUCACAAUGCGUUCAAUGCAUUAUACAAUUUUUAAAAAACGAUGAACAGUUGUAAUACGGUCAAAUUUGACGAAACAUUUAAUAGUUAUAAACGAUUUUUUUCUUAACUCGGUAAUUUAAAUUGAUUUUUUCCAAACUUCACCAACUUCGAAUUACCGAGAGUCGACUGUGAUAAAAAAUUAUUUAACCUUAUAAUAUUUUAAGAACAAAUAUAGUCAAUAGUCGUGUGUGUUUUUGUGCGUAAAAUAUAAUACCAUAAGUAUUAUUUUCAAGUUUAUAUGAUAUUAUACGAUUAUUACAUUAUUAAAGUACUUGUUUUUUUUUUAUGUUUAUCAAUCAUUUUCAGUUAAUUAUUCUCGUAUUUUAUUCAAUUUUNCUAGGUACCUGCAUAAAAUGUUUUAAUAUUAUUAUUUAUUUUGAAUUUGUAUUUUCAUCGUCACGAAUUAUAUUAUUAUGGGCGUUUUGCAAUAAAAUCAUUGUACGUCCUUUUUCGAUUUUUCUUAAAUAGCGUCGAUCAUUCGACAUAUUAUAUUAAUAGAGUUUUAAUCGACACAACCAUAACAUUAAAACAUCUAUCCGGGGAAAUUGAUUAUGCAUUUUUUUUCCUGCAAAUAGUCGACUAUAGAUUUAUUUUUCGUUAUUAUAAACAUUUUGUUGCGUACGAUUCGUCGGUAUUUCGUGGAACACAUCUGACUUCUAAAUAAUGCUCUUUGACUGAUACUUUAGAAUGCUGCAACGCGUUCUCGAUGUUUACGAAUAAUGAUAAACCGCUUAAGAGGACGCCUAACGUAUAGAAUUCGACAUCUCUGUCGAUGGCAAUAUCAUCAAUGAUGUCGAUAUCUAUGUCAAUGUCAGUAUUAGUACAGUUUUUCGAAUGAAAUCUUAAUCUGCUAUUUCUGUAUUAUGAUUUUUUCGAAUUCCUUUAAACAAAAUGAAAAUAAAAUCGAAUUGAAAGAAAAACCAAUUGAAAAAACCGUCCUAUCAUAAACAUUUAGCACAAUUUACAAUGUUUAUUUCGGCACCAAUAUCAAGUUUAUACAAGGAACGAGGCUCGAGCGACUCGGUACUAUUAUAUUAUUGAAAGUACAUAAACACAGUUCGUGUCCGUUGAUAGACAGAAACAACAUUUCGACGUUCGGCGUCCUCUGAAGUCGUAAACAUAUUUUUUUUUUGUUUUGUGUUUUUUUUUUUUUAGAUACCAGGAACUAGCAAAUUCAAGUCAAAAGCAAAAAUGGCCCGUCUGGUCGAGUAAUUUGGGCGAAAUCGUGUACGACAUUCAGACGGCACAACCACAACCGACUGCGACUACAAUUCACGUGAUCGGCGAACGAAAUUACUACUGUUUUCGAUGCGACGGCGUAUUGUGGUUUAUGAAACGGCUCCAGUACGCUCCUUGUUGUUUUUACCCUUAUAUUUUGGGUAAGUACCUACCUAUAUACAGGUAAGAGAAAUCUUUUACCGACUAUAGGAAAUGUUAUAAUAUUAUUAUACUCGUAUAGGUAUAUUAUUAAUAGCAAUUUAAUAUUCUCCACCGUCUAAAAUUAUUUCAUCGCUCCGUUCGAGAUUCAUUACCGCCGAUUCCAUACCGAUUUUUGAAACCGCGCGUUUAUUAGCGCAAGGUCAUCUUAUAUUACUUAUAAUUCGUCCGAUUUCAAAGAUAAAGAAUAGUUUGAAAUUAUCACGGUCGAAAUAAAAUUAUUACGGACCGUAUACGGACCAAAUUUUAAUUUAAAGACACAAAAUGAGAAAAAAAUAAAUGAUAGAUGAAAUACUGAACAUUUUUUUUUUUUUAUGAUAUUUGACAUCUGUUUCGAUUGAUGAUUAUUGUCGAUAAGCGUUUCUGAUAAGUGUUAUUUCGUGUUGUCAUCACCGUGUAAAACUACACAAACUCGAUACAUCUCGUUGUGAGAAGACUGAAACUACUCGCCACGAUUCUGUGGUUGACAACUUGAAUUUUUUUCCAAUUGUAUGUUGUUUAAGAUAAACAAAUCUAUCAAAAAACACCCCGAAAUUUGGAGAUCCGGGACUCGGGACCGGAUAUAUAGUCGUGGUUAUAAGAGGUUUAGAAAUGAUAAACUGGAACAGUGAACACAUAAUCAAAGGAACAGUGUUUGUGAUAGUAACGCUUGUCCUGAUCGAUGGACCGUUAAGCUGAUGAAGUUGAAGAGUAUAGAUUUUUUUUUUUGUCCACAGGUGAACAUCCUGACACUAAGGUCAUGUGCAUGAUCGUAUCCGAUACCGACACGGUUUUACUGUACGAUCAGACGAAACUUCGAUGGUCCGCCAAAUUGCCCUACCGUCCGUGUAUUAUCGCCAGAGCUUCGUUUAAAGUACGACGUUUUUUUCAUUUUCGUAAAAUCUAUAAUCCUGAUUAUUAUUAUCACGAUUUUUAUUAUUUAUCGACGGACGUCGCAGGCGUUGCAAGGUUGUCUGGUAUUGUUGUCGGAAACGGGCGAUUUGCAAUUCUGUUAUCUGGGCACCGAACCCGCGAUAUUUAUGGCUCCUGAAAGGCCCAAGACCAAAGACUAUAAUGACAACAAGAACCAAUUGAUUCAGUUGAAGAAAGACUUACAAAAUAUAUCCUUCAACGACGGUGAUUAUAUUAUAAUCGUACACACAAUAAUUAUAUUACUAUAUUUAGUGUACAAAACAACCGUUUAAAAUAUCGUAUUACCAAAAAAAAAAAAAAAUUAUUAUCGUUUUCAGGUAUUUAAAUUACAACGAUCUUCUGAAAUUAUGUCUUUCUAUAUCAAUGUGCUGUCCCGGUUUAUAGUUUCCGUUUUUUCGGCUAACAAUUACGUAUUCUGUUUUGUCAUCGUUAACAAUUAUCAAUUACCUGUAGGCCAUUUUUCUAAUGGAUGGGACAAACUAGUGCAGUACUCCAGUCCACUGGACUGAAUCUUUCCUCAGACUGUAUUGUACUUUCUAUAACGCUAGGUAUUCUAUUUUUGGUUGCAUCCAAAAACCGCACACAUAUGGUUUCCAUCCCAAAAAUGUCGGUAGACAAAAACCGCACACUCCAUCGGUUGACAAGUAGAUUAGGUUAGGUUAGGUACAUUGUUUACCUAAAUACCGCACACCUACAGUGGGGUAAAACUGUACGCUAAUUAUAAAAUAUAUUAUUAUAUAAAAAUAAUUAUAUGAUAUUUUGUUAUAUGAAAAUAUUGUCCAUCCAAUUGAAAAACAAAAACAAGUUAGUUAAUGGGCACAUUUUAAUUUUAAUAUUAUAUUUCAAUACAUCAUUUUAUAUUAUGUUGUGUUUAAUUUUAGAAACACUUGUUUAAAUGUUGGGAAGAAUUUUCGAAGGGUUGACAUCGUUUAAAAUUUCUAAAAAACAUUCGUACUAAUAAUUAUAUAAAUAUUUUCAAUUUUUUAAAAAAACAUCGGCUUUUCGCUUAAAAUUUUGAUAAUUUUUUUAGUUGAUUUUAUAUUAAUAUCGAACAACACUAAUUAAGAUACAAUUAUAUUUUUUGAUUAAUUAUUAAUAAAUAAUAGAUAAUUCAUCAUUUUAAAAUGUGCGAUUUUUGGAUAUAAAAAUUCAUCGCUAUUUAUUAGAUCCUAGUCCAUGGUUUUCUUUUAUUUAAUUUCUGAUAUUUUACCUGAAAAUAUUUAAGUAAUAAUAACAUUUGGAAAAGAGUAAUAAAACGUUAGAAAGCACAUCGCGAAAACACUUUCGGAAAUCAUUCUAUUUACAUUUUUCAAACGUUUACAAGACAUUAUAAUGUAAUCAAAUACUAAUAUUGUUUUUAUUUUAUUUAUCAGUGGCUUAUAUAUUUAUGUUUUAAUUUGUAUCUUGUUUUUAUUCAAACAAAUCCACGUAAAGGAACUAUUGAAAGUAUAUUUAUAUAUUUCAUAUUUCAAAUUUAAUUAAACAAAGAAAUGUUAUAUUAAAGAAAAUAAUAUGAAUUUCCGCUGUACCACAUAACGAAACUUUUUUAUUUUGUUUUCUAUAAAACCUGUAUUUAGAAACAUUAUUGAAUAUACAAAAAGUAAUAGUAAAAAAAAGUUAAAUAAAGAAAUAAAAGUUAUAAGUGUGUUGAAUAUUUUUACACGAACGCGUUGAUCGGAAUAUUGAUAAUAAUAAUAACAAUUUAUUCAAAUCAAUAAAUAAGGCCAAAGCCCAAAAGUGCACAUUAACUUGGAUGAAAAAAAUAAUGAAAUAGGCCUAAAUGGUGAAGAUGUGGCGAAAAAAUUUCCAUUCGGGUCGCACGAGUACGUACUAAUAACGCACUGAUUUUUGAAAAAAGAAAAAUGUAGAAAAACCGGGUUUUCACCCUAGAAAGGGGUGGGAGCUGGAGAAAUGUAAAAAAUCGUUGAACGGAUAAUUGAAGUUUGAGUCAUAUGAAUCACGCACUAAUUAAUGGAAAAAAACAACGAUUUUACAACUCGGGAGGAGGGGGCUGAUGAAAUGCACGCAGUGUAAUUUAGGCCUAUAAGGCUUCAAUUUCAUUAUUACAUCUUCACUCAUAAGCUGUCAUCCAUUAUUUUAUUACUUAUGGAUACAACGCACAAUAGAAGAGUUUCACUUUCGCGUAUCAAUCUGUCUGUGUUUUCCGUCGGUUCUCUUUUGUUAGUAAUAUUGUACUAGUAUUGUACAAUCAGUAAGUGACCAGUGGAUAAAGUGGGGAAACGAAGAGGGGCGGCGGAGUGGGCGGACUUUAAUAGUCUUUAAUCUUUAAUAGACUUUAAUAGACUUUAAUAAUAAUAAUAAUAGGAGGGGGGGGGUCUUAUUUAAGAUAAAAAUAAUAAAAAAUAAAAUAAUAAUGAAAAAUUCGAUUCGCAAUCAAACGAUUAAUCACUUUUUCGACUAAUUGUUCAUAAAAAUAUUUGACCGUGAAAAAAAAAAUUCGAAUAAUCAUUGAUAUACAAUUGACGAGAAACGUUUUACAAUGGAUAAACAAUUUACACAAAAGGAGAUUAACGGAGCCACGGGGCGGUAAAUAGGUAAGUAAAUAUACAUUAGCUGUGGUUAAUCUCCGUCAAGACGUUAUAAUUUAGUAUAUAGGUAGCGGUACUUUCGGAAAGUUUGUUCGGUAAAUUUAUUCAGACAUUCAGAGUUAAUUGAAUCGGAUUUCUCUGGGGCUCUGUUAAAAAUAAAUAACUUCAAGUUCUCGUCGCGGCCGUGAUUACAAUAAUAUAGUUUUGAUAUCCAAACGAAAACGAUUUUUACUUUACAAGCGUUUAUAAAUAUAUAUUUUAAAAUGUCGGUGUAGUUUAAAACGCAGCAUAUACAUUGUUCUCGCUAUACGUUGUCAGAUAAUUUAAUUCUUCAAUUAUUAACGAAUCCCCUAAUUAAAAACAAAUAAAUAAAAUGUCCAUUAUCGUAAAUAUAUUUAUAUUAUAACAUUAAGAAUUAAAAUACAAUCUCUCGUUUUAAUCAGAAAAUAAAAUGUGCCUAUUUUAGACUCUGAGCGAAACUAAGAACGUAUUGGUUUAAACAAAUUUUUUACCAUAAAUCUCGCUCCGAUAAUCUGCUACUUCGCGGUUGGUUUCUGGUAACAGAAUGUUGAUGCAUUUAAAAGGUUAUUUUUUAGUUUUCCUUGUUAUUGUGUUUAACUAUUGGGAACAAAUCAUAAAAAAAAAAAAAAAAAAAAAAAAAAAAAAAUGUGCGCAAUUACGAUUUUUGUUACUUUUGAUUUUUUUGUUUUAAUCAGUUAAAAAUAACCCCGAAACUUGAAAUUGUUACCGAAUACUGAUAUAUCUGUUCGUAAACGUAGUACAAAAGUUUAAGUGGCUUUUACUGAGCUAUUUACAUUUGACAUAUAUUUAUUUUUUAUUUGGUUUUAUAUCGACAACGUUUUGUUAGCUUAUUAAAAAUGCUGUAAAUGAAAAUGAUAAGUUGUAAUUAGUGAUCAGAUCAAAAAAAAUGUUCAAUGAUUUUAUAAUUUUUUUUAAAAAAGGUUUAAAGUUCAAAUUUUAACAAACAUCACGGUAUUUCAUAAACAUAUUUAGUCAAGCUUCGCUCGCGAUCAAUUUUUCGUUAUCAAUGAUUCUUUGUACUGAUACAAAUAAAAUUAUAAUCUAUCCAUCUUGCCUUACCAACUUUUCAAUAAAACUGGCUUUAAAACGCCUUACGUUUAUUAUAAAUCCUUUGUUUCCGCACGCCACGGGUUUUCAACGACUAGUUUUAUGUUUUUCAGUUUUUACCAAGAAAAAUAGCACGCCUGCUACUUUUUUGGAACAGCGUUAGAUUUGAACGUGGUGGAUUUUGUUUUUAUUUUUUCGACAUUUGUAUUGCUACAGGCCACUGUGGUUGUGCAAUUAUCUUAUUAUUUCUCUGGAAACUGUGUAGUACACCGAAUCGGAAUUUCCCACAUACUCGUUUAUAGUUUGGACGGCAAUGUAAAUACUUUUUUUUUUUUUUUCCGGAAGUGUUUUGAUCAAUGCUAUGCAAAUAGUAAUGCCAUAAUAUAUAUACUUAAAUCAAUGUUUUAUUUUAAACGAUUUUUGUCGAACUCUGUCGUUUUAUACAAUAAGCAUAUUAAUUUUGAUUGUUUUGUUUCAAGAGACCGACGCCCCGCCGUUAUUGAAAUUGACUUCACGCGUAUUGAACGUUCGUUCGGAGGACUCGCGAAAACUUUGCGACAUCGAAAUCGACGUAACGCCGUCCCUGGCCACGUCUACAGUGCAAAUUUCAUUCCUAGUGGUCGCUCCGCUCGCCGUUUCGCCCACGGUCAUCCAUCUGAAAGACUUGAGUGUGUAUACUAUAUUUGUUGACGUGUAUUGACGUAUUUACAAGUCAUAAAUAUCAUAAACGUUAAAAAUCGGAACUGCUACGCCAUAAUACUAUAAUGUCUGUACAUAUUUCACAAAUAAUCAAACGACGGUAACGGAAAAUGCACAAUAUAUUAUCAUUAUCAAAUAAAUAUACGAUGCGUAUUACAUUCGUUACGUACCUUUACCGUUAGAUCAGAACGUUUGACUGACGAAAUCCGUAUACGAAAAAAAAAUUAUAUCCGUUCACGUUUGACGGGGUGUAAGUGAAAAUAAAUCGUAAUAUAUUUGCGUAAAUAUUGCAAAUAAUACAAAAUAUUAUAUUUGAUAUAAUAUUCGCAUUCGAUUGGUAUUAAAACGUUUUCAAUCAUAUCCGUUAGCACGAUAUCGUCCGGAAUAAUAUAACAUUUCGAGACUAUCAUCUCUGAACUGCUUUAACUGUUUGUUGCUUGAAUUGUUUCAAGUAAGUAUACCCUGCCGAGCGGUUCGAUCGGUUAAGUUUUAAAUUUCACAAAAACUAUAUUAUUCACUUAAUAUACAGCGCGUGAUCAAUCCUCGAUAAUACACGUUCAUUAUCUAGGAAUGUGUUUACUUUUUUGGGAAUUUUUUUUUUUUGACAAUUUAAGAAAUAAUAUGCUUUAAAAUGUUACGCCGCCACUGUUUUUUGUCACCCUUAUUUCUGGGGGGGGGGGUGAAAUCAUUACCCAAUUUCGAUUUUAAAAUUCCAUUAAAAAUAAAAUUCUAGUUGAAAUAUAUUUUGGAUUUUCAAUUAGACGUAUUCAAUUCCCGUCAACGCGUUGACGAAAUAUUCUACUUAUAAGUCGGGAUAGUGGGAGAGGAGUAGCGGAGCACUAUUCAAACGGCUCGUACCGCGCCAUGACAUAUAUGAAAAACAAAAAACGGAAAUGUAUAAUUCUCUAGAGCUGCUACUUUUUUCAAUUGUAAAAAUAAAAUAAAAAUCCGAAUAAAGUAUUAAUUUCCGAGGCAAUGAGUGUCUUAUCGAAGAUUGAUCACUCUGUAUAAUAAAUUAUUAACAACUAUCGUUUUUAGUAAACACCGAUUAUUUUCUCUUUGGGAAAUAAUUUUAGACACAUACAAUUCUCAAGUUUAAUAUCAUACAUUAUUUCUCCUCCCUUCUUUUGUUUUUCACGAUAAAUCUACAACCACGAAUUUAGAUUUUUAAACGACAAAUACGCUUAAUAAUUUAUAUUUAACAUCAAUUAUUUAAAAAAAAAUUAACGGUGUUUUUGUUCGAGAUUUUCCUAAUAUAUAAUAUGAAGGUUCGUGGAAAGAUGGGUACCUAUAAUAAUCCAUUUUUCCAAUUAUGAGAUAAUCGUAUUGGUUACCAAUCGACGGUACUUUCAGAUAAUAUACGAGCGUUAAAUACCAUUUGAUGGAAAAAGUUUCUGGUGGAUGAUAUUGAACGAAAAGGAUUGGACGUACUGCUUAAAAAAUAAUAUGAUCCAUCGAGCAGCUGUAAAGGAGUUUUGCACAAUUAAACAAUUUUUUUAAAAAAUUAGUAGUCUAUUUUUUUAAAAAAAUAGACUACUACUACUUCCCCUGUAUCCUUCGUAAUUCACACGUAUUUUUUUUCAACCGUUACACUGGCCGAAUGGAAUAUUUUUCUAAUUAUUUUACAUUGCUGUUAUGCGUUGUGUUUGUAGCGGAAACCGUGACAAUCCGGGUGAUCGGACACAGAGAAAACGACGAUUCCGAAUCCGUUGUAUCUUCGGUGGAGUGCACGAUUUGCGCGUAUUAUUCGAGAAGUUUGGACGUGCCGGGAUCGAUACAGGAGACGAUACGGUUGCCGUUAUCGUUGGUUUACGAAGUCCAUUCGGUGCCGUCUUCAGACUUCGGUUGGUCCGCAAGAAUAUCGGUCGGCGAGAGUCCCGUACCACUGAAAACGCUAUUUAAAGGUAGAUAAUAUUAUAAUAAGGUAUAGGACAUACAUUCUCUAUGUCACCAUGUACGUCAGUCCAGUUAGGGCUUCGAAUAUCUUCAAAAGUAAUUGGAAAGAGCAAGAAACAGAGCGAGCAAAAGUUGUAAAAAGAAUAACCAACCUAUCCUGGUUUGAAAAUAACCUAGUGAUCCGUAUUCAAUAUCAGACUUCAUUGCUUCAUAGUGACAAAUUCAGACCACUUAAAAUAAAAUAUUGUCACUUGUGUGUAUAUACAGGGUGAUUUCUUUUAGCUUGAACCAGCAAUUAUCUCGGAAGAUUUUAAGUGAUUUAAUAUAUAAAUAUAUUAUACAUUUCCAAUAAAUAAAUCGAUUUUUAAUAUAGACAUCUGUAAACAAAUAAUAGUUACUUACAUAAUUAGAUAAAUAAAUAAGCUGUUAUUAAACCGAUAAAAUAAUUGAACGCCAAGUGUUUCAGUUUUUUUUUUUUAAAUUUUAAAUGUUUAUACAUCAAAGUGAUUUCUUCAAAUUCCUAUUUGGUUACAAAAUUCAAUGUGUUUAAGAGAAUAUUAUUUUCGAUUUCUAAAUUGAACCGUAUAAUAUUUACCAAAAUAACCAUUUGAUAAAUUAUUGCUCUGGUAAUUUAAUGAUCAGUAAAUGAUCAGUGUUAUUAUUCAAAUAUUUAUUUCAAGAUUGAACUUUUAUUUUUUUUCUCUCCGAGCAAAAAAUUAAAACCCGAUUUUUUUUUACAAAAUUUGGAAACCGCCCUAUAUAUAUCAUCAGUUGUCGAAUUACUAUGUUGGUGUUCACAAAAAUUUGUGAUACAAUUUGCCAUCCAUGGGCAAAUUAUCUCCCUUGAUCCUUGUUAAACGUGGUUUUACACCGUGCCUAAAAACGUGCAAAUUUUUUAUCCGAUAGUCCUUCAUUUAAAUUAUUUUUUUAGAUUACCAACAGCGUCUAUAUGGGGGUUCACACUUGAAUUUCGGACUUUUUUUUUCUUUUUUUUUGACCUCUGUCUGAUUUCCUUGAUUACCACCAAGGGAAAAUACUAGUUAAUCGCACAGCUAAUAAUUACUAUAAAUAUUGCGUUUUUUCCAUUUGAGAUUUUUUUAUUUUUUUUUUCCACUUGAAAUUUAUUGUGAUGUCUUCAAAAAAUGUUCAAUAAUUUGUAUACGAAUCAUUAUGCAUUGGACAUUAGUCCAUCACAACGAAUUAAACGCCCGAAAAGCGCUUCAGAAUGACUUUUUAAAUAGUCUAAUGUUUUCGAUUAAAAUGUACGGUAUCGUAGUAGUUGUAUAAACAGCAAUAAUUUAUGGAAUACGAUUACUGCACUAUUGAUAUUGCAAUAAACGACGACAAAACGAUAAACACCACGCGAUAAAAGUGCAUAAUAAAUGUAAGAAAAUGUCAAAGACGAUAAUGGAAAAAGAUGAAUAAAAGUGUAGCGUCGCGUCGAGGGUUUAUUAUAUUGUUUCGCAAAGUCGACGACGGGAUUUCAUAACGAUAUUGUUCGGUUAAAGAAGUCUGUGUUGUAUAUUACUCCCCCCCCCAAAUAAUAAAAAACAACAAUAAUGUAUCUAACACAUGUAUCUAAAGAAAAGGUGGACGUAUUUCGAACCAUGGGUGAACAACUGUUGGGUAGUUCGGAAAAUAGGCGGCAUGUAGGAUAAUUUAUUUGAUAAGCUGUAUGUAAGUCAAUACAAACGGAAAACUACUUCGAGUGGAGUAGUACUAUAUUCGUGUUUUUUCUUUUGUUCCCGAGAUAAUCCAGAAAACAAAAAUAAUAAAAAAUAAAAUCAAACAACGGACCCGGGUGUGAACGUUGACCUGUUUCAAUAAAUCGUCUCAAAUAAAUUACCACCGGCCGGAAAUUUCGCAUCUUCGGAUGUAUUUUGUGAACAAAUCUGUGCAUUUUCACUAACCGUGUUUUCCAAGAAAAGAAAACACAUUUUCGUAAAACCAAUAGCUUCUUUGUUAUACUCAGAAUCUAAAAUUAAAUUGCCUACAAUCCUUGUGGAUAAUAUUGACAUAAUGGUUUCGUUGUUAUUCGAAUGAAUACUAUACGAAUAAUAUCAUGUGGGGCUUGUUAAAAAAUCUGGGUACAUACCAACCAAAAUACCAACCUACUUGAAAAAUGUUAUACGAGUAUACUUAUACGUAUAAUAGGUAUGUUAAUGUUGUACAAUGAUGUUUAUUAUUUUUAUUUUUAUCUGCGAACAACUUUUCUACCAUAAAUUUCGCUCCGGUUUUCAAAUGUUGCUUUUAUUCUAAAAGGAAAUCUGACUGGGAUGAUUCUAUAAGAAUGCCAUUUUUUGAUUGUCCCAGCUGUUUUCAUAAUUAAUGGGAAAAACCGGGAAAAUAUAUUCAAUAUUAAACAAAUAUUAUCAAAGAAAAUAUUUAAUGCAUAUAUAACAAUUAUUUUACAUAAUAAAAUAAUAAAGUAAAAACAAAAUGAUUAAAUGGUUAUCAACUCGUAAAUAAAUAUAUAAAUAAAUAAAUGCGUCGUCUAGAGUAUUAUGAUAUACGUAUUGAACUACCGGUUUCAAAUUAAAAAUGUGUCGUCAGGUAAAAUCACAAAAGUAAAAAAAAACGCGACUCCAUUUUACCAUAAUACGACGUAUAUAUUGUUGACAAAGCAACACUAUUAACCGAACUCCGCUCAGAAUCGUGUUUCGUCAACAAUGGUUAACCGUUGCGUGCAGAUAUAUAAUAAAUUCCCCGUCUAUCUUCCCAGUUUCUCACUUACAACACUGGUCCACCCAUCAUACGAAUUUGUACAUUUUUUAAAAUUUAAUUUAUCGAACUCGAUAAUCUAUCGAAAUUCGAUUGCUGCGCAGAACUUGUCGAUUCUUCGCCGUCGCUACCAGAACUGUGUUUCCGGACUAUUAGCAGUGCAAUAAAAUACGUCUGGGUUAUCGUAUCGCCCGCUUUGAAUUCCUAUGAAAUACGAUCGACCGGAGCCGAGUAUGUGAAUGUAAUUUUUGAAGAGAUUUUGUUCAGGUAAACGUUAAAUACUCGAAUCAUUAAUUUGUACAUCAAUAAUAAUCCAAUUAGAAUAAUUUUAUCCGCAGACAUCGGGAAUAUUACAAAACGAAGAAAUGUGUUGUGCGCUGUGACCGAAAUGAUAUUCCCGUGGCGGAUUUUUAUCGGAUUAUCGAGGAACACGUAGUGCUCAAAGGAAGACUCGAAAGCGUACAGGUAUAUUUUAUUUUAUGUGGGUUUUCAAUAAUGUGUAAUUUUUUUUUUUUUGUCCGUAAACAAGUAUUUUAAACUGAAAUCUUGCUCCAAUCAAAAAACGGCAAAUAAAUACCGAAUUUAAUAACAAAUGUGUAACCGAAUUUAGUCAAUAACUAUGUAUCUUAUCUUCUCAACUUCAAACCAACAACAGUGGUAUACCCAUAAUUAGUAUCAGCUUUUUAUUUUCAAGGCCGAAAAAAUUCCGUUUCGUAUUCCAUUUUAUCGUAAACCAAAACGACUUUUUAACGUUACAGACCACAUAUAGACCCUUUGUUACCAAAACAAAUUUCUUCUCUUCUUAUUUUCUAUUUUACGCAUAACCCUUGAAUCCCCAUUCAAGUUCGGUCACAAAUCCACCAUAUCUCUCUGAACAGUCUAAACUAUAUCCAUCCAUCGUUGUUUAAGGCCUUCCGCCCGUCUACGAAGUAUUUUUUUAAUUCGAGUUGUUUAUGAACAUAAAUGAUACCAUUAUUAUUUUAUACGGUACAUUCGGUUGUCAAGUCUGAACAGUGCGUUUUUUAAUAAACCGAGAACGAGCUUUUCCUCAAUGCGUAUGAGAUCAAUUUACUUUUGUUUUAGGAAGAAAUCGAAUCGUUGUCUUCGCAGUACCGAAUCGUACAAAAAUGCUUAUUUAAUAAACUAAAAGAAAACACCGUGCAUUCGAUAUCCGGAUUGAGCGUAUUGAUAGACGACACUCAUGAAACAUUGUCGGAGAAAAUGUCAGAAAUUCUAAUUGUCAAACGAGUGAGUUUCUAAGUCCAACUAUCAAGUUAUAUUUAUUAUUGUUUUCGUUAUUAUAUUGUUUUGGUUACAGGAAUUAAAAGUGAAAUUUUCCGAUUUGAUGUCUCUGGCGAGAGUUUUGGUCACAAUGCUCAGACUAUGUUCGAAUAACGACAAAAUUCUCAACGAUUUUAAAGAGUGUAUUGUUCACUUUACCGAUAAUCAAGUAAAUUAUUAUGAUUUUUUCCUCGUAAACUAUAUCGCAAUAUAGUUAUUAAAAUAUCGAAUUUUCAAUGUUACCGAAAUAUUAUUGUCACGCUAUUGUAAAUGUAUUAAAAUCCGAACAGACUGAAUUGAAUUGGUGAAUUUUAAUCAAAUCGCUUUUUUUUUUUUUUUUUUUAUAAAUAAAUAUCGUAGUGACAGUACUUUUUCACAUAUAUUAGAAAAUGCUUUUUAUUGUAACUGAAAUUCGCUUGUUGAAAUCAUCUCAUUGGUAUGCGCAGUACAUUCUGUGUAACGUUUUCAAAUUAAAAGCGUGCGACUCCGAGCAAUGAUAGUCGAGUAAAUUGAAAUUAAAAUUUAUGAAAAUGAAUUUGAUUAGAAAUCAUUAAAAAAUGCGCGUAAAACAUUUUGAUUAUGAUACAGUUACUUUAAAAUCAUAUAACAAACGGAUAACGUAUUUUAUUAGGUGUACUGUCGUGAAUUAAACAGUUUUUAGUAAUUUCUAUGCCAAGUAAUCAAAUUGAAAAAUAACUCAAAAUGUGGACUUUAAAAGCAAUUAUACCAUUUUAUAUUUGAACGAAUUCGACGAAACCAUAACUAUGGCGUUUUAUGUAAACGGCAUAGUUGUUUCUCACACUUUGAUCGAAAUCUACGCUCUUUUUGUGCAUUUUUUUAAAAUCUAAAAAUGGAAAGAAAAAAUAUUUACGUGCAAUAGAGAUCCUUCAUUAAAGUCAAAUUUACCAAACUUUUAUCACUGUCUAUAUAAAAAAAAAAAACUCUCAAGUCACGAGUUUAGUUGGCCCAUAGGGUGCCACAAGUAUGAAGUGUCAAAAAGUAGCGAGAAAAACGAUGUACAAUACUGCGCAGUAAUCUCUACUUUCGGGGAAAAGUCGCCAAAAAAAUGUCCUACGAGUUACGACGAUAUUUCGAUACCUCAAAUUAUUAUUUUUUGAUUAUCGAUAAUCGUUUGUGUCUGAUGUUUAGAACUGGGAAGAUAUCGUUUUGCAAUCGUUGAGUUAUAUGGUUGGUAAUGAAGUCGUGUUAAACGUUCAAAACGACGACCCGGCACACUUAGUAAUGAGUUUAAGAACUCUGAUCGACAACGUAAUACAACGCGUAACGACGACAGGCAAAGACGAAUUACCGGUCAAAUUGACGAGAGAAAAUUCCAGAGGUAUGUUAUAAAAAAAAAGAAACAAGAUUUUAUAAUAUAGGUGAGAGUAUAUAUUAUUUGUAUGGCUGAACGAUAUAAAAAAAGUCCAUAAAAAUGGCUGUAUAAUAAUUAUGACAAUAUUUAAAGUGGAGAUUCACACUGGAACAUAAUUAUAGCGUUUUAAUCAAAGGUGGGCAGUACAUAAACCGAUACUUGAUGUCGACAACGGUUUUUUUAAAAAACUUUGAUAUUUAUUUAUUUUUGAUAUUUUUUGGAUUAAAAAUGUCUAUUGUCAUAACAAUAUGUCUUUCGAUUAUGAAAAAAGUAAAUCGGAUUUUCAGUCAAAUUUCGUAUAUAUUAAAUAAUUUAAACAUUAAUUCAUGGUUUUCGAUUUUAAAUAUCGGAUAUCCGGUAUCGGUUUUGUAUCGGUAGAAUAUAUCGGAUAUUGGUAAACAGUAGUACCGGCUCAUCCUUAGUUUUAAUGUGAACCCGCCGUUACCUUAAUCUUAUUCGGUUCCUAUAUUUUUUUCUUCUUGUAAAUAUUCUUAAAAUUAGUUUGUUAUAACUAUCCAUACUCUAUUGUUUGUUGUUGUAGCCUCAGUAUUUUUAUAGAUCCUUGUAUUUUUAACGAUAUAUAACCUUAGUAUCCUUCAACAUCAACUCCGUCAAUAAUUGGUUUUAGUAAGCUUCUUUUUACACACAUAUAUAUAUAAUAAUAAUGUUUUAAUUUUGUUUGUUUUUAAGGAGCCGUGUCACCUAUUUUGGAAUCUGAAGAAGAUUUUUAUGCUUAACAUAGUCGGUCGAAAACAACGAAACGAUGGCAUAGUGGCAAGAUGACAUCAAAAGUUGGCAAAAAUUAGUUUUAUAUUUUGUAUUUUGUAUUUUUUUCUAUCUGUAAACAACUUGUUGACCAGUAAUCUUGAUCCAAUUAUCAACUUAAGUCUUAAGGGGUGGUUAUUGGUUGAAAAUAUUAUCUAGUUGACAAAUUUAAGAGGCCCUUUGUUAUUUUCCGAGUAGUUUUCUUAAUAGUCGGAGAAAACCGGGAAAAAGCUUCGGAAAAACGGAAAUAUUUACGUAAUAAUUAAGGGUUACUGCGUUAAUGAUCGAUUAAAUUUUUUGUUGUAAACCAAUUAAAAAUAAUCAAAAAAAUCUGACAUUUUCAUUAAAUUAAUUAGCCUUAUAUAAUUAGCCUUUUCUAUACUUGGUAAAAUGUUCAACAUUUUCCCCAGAUUUUUGAGCUAUUUAAAACUAUUUGAAAAUGUUUGCUGUCCGUGUGAAAUUAUUAUAUGACAUCGCAGAAUAUUAAGCACGGAAAGACCCGAAAGUGAACUUGAAUUAUUAUUAUUAUGGUCAUGAUAAAAUUAAUAAUGAUAAAUUGGCAUCACUCAUGUUUAAUUAUUGUAGAUUCAUUAAAUUAAAAAAAAAAAAAAUUAAAAAUCAUACAAUCAUAAUACAAAAUUGACAUGUUGCUAUAAUGACCUAAUGAUAUUUUGAAGUUGG